GUGGUCCAAGAAGUACCAAAGAUGAAGAAGCUCCUAUUGUGCCUUGCUACACUAGCUCUUGCUCAAGCGAAUCCCAUUUGGGAAAAUGAGUUUUUGAGCCCCGAAUUUCCAGAGGCGACUUCUACGGAUGAGGAAUGGGCCUUAGUACCAGAUGGUGAUGGAGAUAUGCACAUGGUUAAUUUGCGAGAAGAAUUGGAAGCAGCUCCAUUCUUCAAUGCUGAUCAAGUGAUCUUCCGCCUCUUCACCCGCCGCAAUCCCACCUCUGGUCAAGUUCUCACUCUCAACAAUGCUGGAUCUGUAUCCAACUCUCAAUUCCGCACAGGUCAUCCAACCAGAUUCAUCAUUCACGGUUGGAACAACAACGGAGGAUCACCUGUGAACACUAACAUUAGGAACGCUUACAUCAACCGCGGUGAAUUUAACGUUAUUGUUGUGGAUUGGGGUGCAGGAGCACAAACUGCGAACUAUGUUGCUGCUCGCAACAACAUCAACAUUGUCGGUCCAAGGGUAGCCCAGAUGGUGGAUUUCCUGAACACACAGGGUAUGGGCUUCGGAAGUGUUGCCGUGGUGGGACACAGUUUGGGCGGACAUACUGCUGGAAUUGCUGGAAAGAGGACAUCCCGUGGUCGUUUAGCUGCUGUUGUUGCUUUGGACCCUGCGUUGCCACUCUUCUCUAUUGACCGUCCAGGUGAACGAGUUGCUCCUACUGAUGCCAACUACGUCGAAGUUAUCCACACCAAUGCUGGUCUUUUGGGCUUCGAUCUACCCAUCGGUCUUGCUGACUACUAUCCCAACUUUGGACGCAGUCAGCCUGGAUGUGGUACUGAUUUGGCUGGCAAUUGCGCCCACAGUCGUGCUUGGCAGUUCUUCGCUGAAUCUAUCAACUCAGGUCCUGGUUUUGUGUCUCGUCAGUGCCGCAAUUACAAUGACAUCCUCAACCAAAAUUGCGUAUCUGCCGGAGCAAAUCGCAGAAUGGGAGGUGAACCACUUACAACGGCCGCCAGAGGUAUCUACUGGAACCCAACUAAUGCAAAUUCUCCUUUCGCUAGGGGUAAUGUUGUUUAAUAUCAAAUAAGAUAUCAUUAUCUACUUGGAAUUCUAAAAGAAACAAUAAACCGACUGUGAACUUUGAAUUUUUAAGAAAUUUCGAUUAUUUUUAUCUCGUUGAAUAAAGCACAUUAAAUAAAGCUGAGAAAA